GUUCUAAAGCCGUGACGUCACGUUACCAUGGUGCUAAAAAACUCAGUUCCAAACAAAGGCCCAAAACGUGACCGACGCCAUGCAAAAUGUCGGCCCUCUCUAUCUCGUCGCUCAUUUCUUUCUUCGGAGAAGAGCAGAAGUCAAUUACGAAGGGUGAAAACCACUACAAAUCAGGCCAUGUGGAGUCAUUUAAUUAUAGUCAGGGUAUUUUACGAGGAGAAGUGCACGCAAGCAUGCGAAACAAAGUCUACAAAGUCACGGUUUACUUAGAUAGCGAGAAUGCUAUAAGAUCAAGUGAGUGCGAGUGUCCAAGGGGGAAGUUUAAGUGCAGCCACGCGGCUACACUUUUCAUUCACGGCAUCUACAACGUCAGCCGGACAGAUGUUGAAUGCAAUUGGAAGAAACGCAAAGCAAAUACACCGCUCUCUUGGCAAUCCGUCGAAGAAAUGUUUCCUCCCACAAAACAGUAUUGCUGCUUAUCAAGAAACCCUACUCAAUCUGAUCGGUCUUCCCUUUACAGAGACCUACAGGAGUAUGGAAGAUUUACUGGCCUUUGUUGGCUUAUGAGCCCUGAACCAGCUACUGUUAGUAACCUUCCCAUACCGACAAUAGAGGAUAUCAUUUACUCGGAAGAAUUUCUUAAAUUACAAGGAUCACAGCAACAAAUUGAUUGCCUAGUAAGACAGGCAAAGAUUCCUGAUGAGUACAUCUUAAAAAUAAGUGACAUUACCAUUGGACAGAGAAACAACCCAACUUGGCAUUUAGCUAGAAGGGGCAGAUUAACAGCAAGUAACUUUGGUUGCGUUUUGAAGGCCAAACGGGUGACCCAGUCUCUCUUGAAGGGCCUUCUUGGAGAAUACGAUUUGUCUGGAGUUAAGGCUGUACAAUGGGGUGUGAACAAUGAACAGGAAGCACUCAAAGCAUUCACUAUGUUGACAGGGAAAACCGUCCAGGAAACUGGUAUUUGGUUGGAUGCUUCUGGAAUCCUUGGGGCCUCUCCGGAUGGAAUUGUAGAUGAUGAAACCGUCCUAGAAGCUAAGUGUCCUUACACUGAAAGGAACCUAACAAUUGAAGAAGCCAUUGCUACUUCACCAACAUUUUGCUUAAAAAAAGCACAGGAUGGAAAUGGAUAUGUGUUAAAGAAGGACCAUGUCUAUUGGGACCAGGUACAGGGUGAAAUCUUUUUUACACAGCGAAAGUUUUGCUACUUUGUUGUUUGGACUUCUAAGGACGUGGCUGUUGUCAAAAUAGAGCAAGAUGAAACCUGGGAUGCAAAUAUUCCAGUCUUGAAAGAAUUCUAUUUUAAACACAUUUUUCCCAAGAUAGUGGAAGGUGCAUUGUAAUUUUAUUUCCUUAAACAGACAUGCGUGCAAGGCUUUUCACCUGAGAGUAUUGGUUGUACUGUCUCUGGCUGUAACUUUUCUCGAGCAAUGUCAGUGUCACCAGCAAAGAUUUGGUAAAUGUAUUGGACUAUUGGGCCAAAUUUUAAAGAGAUAAACAUAAGAUUGUAAAUUUGAGUAACAAAGAGUGCAGGUUGUGUUGAUCUUUAUUAUUUCUACUAAAUGUCUUACAAAAUAUAAUGGCAUUCUGACUUUGUUUAUAUAUUAACAUAAUUGAAAAAAGUUAUUCGAUUGA